AUGGCGUUUUUUAAAGAGGAGAGUGAAGAUGUGAAGAUUGAAGAAACAUUCACAGUCAAACAGGAAGAUCCACAGGAAAAAACAGAUCUGAUGGUGCUGAAAGAAGAGACUCAUGGACAGAAUGAAACAGAUGAGAAACAGCAGUUUAUGAAACCCCAAGAAAUAAUGACUGAUGAAAAACCCACACUGACUAAAAAGACUUCAUCACACGGAAGACCUUGGAAAUCCAAAUCUGGGUGUAAUUUCAGCUGUAAACAGUGUAGAAAGAGUUUCAGUCAGAAGUCAAACCUUGAUGUUCACAUGAGAGUUCACACUAGGGAGCAACCUUUCACCUGCGAACAGUGUGGAAAGAGUUUUGGUCAAAUACAAGGCUUUAAAGCCCACAUGAGAAUUCACACUGGAGAGAGGAAGUUCACAUGCCAAGAGUGUGGAAAAAGCUUUUAUCAUGUUGGAAACUUUGCAGCACACAUGAGAAUUCACACUGGGGAGAAGCCUUUCAGCUGUAAACAGUGUGGAAAGAGUUUCUGUCAUAAGCCAAACCUUGAUGUUCACAUGAGAGUUCACACAGGGGAGAAACCUUACACCUGCGAACAGUGUGGAAAGAGUUUUGGUCAAAAACAAAGCUUUAAUACUCACAUGAGAAUUCACACUGGAAAGAGGCCGUGCACAUGCCAACAGUGUGGAAAAAGCUACUAUAAUGCAAGAAGCCUUGCAGCACACAUGAGAACUCACACUGGAGAGAGGCCUUUUAGCUGUAUACUUUGUAGAAAGAGUUUCAGUCUAAAGCUGACCCUGAUUGCUCACAUGAGAGUUCACACUAGGGAGAAACCUCACACCUGCGAACAGUGUGGAAAGAGUUUUGGUCAAAAACAAGACCUUUACAUCCACAUGAGGAUUCACACUGGAGAGAAACCUUACACAUGCACAGAGUGUGGUAAAAGUUUUCCACAUAUAAGCUCACUCAAACACCACAUUAGAACUCACACCGGAGAGAAGCCGUUUACAUGUGCUCAGUGUGGAAAGAGCUUCACAACCAAAACUAGCCUCAAGAACCACAUGAAUGGUCACACUGGAACCAUAGUGUUCACAUGUGAUCAGUGUGGAAAGAGUCUCACACGCAAAGACUACAUUAAGAAACACAUGAAGAUUCACUCAAGAGAGGAUCGUUUUAGAUGCAGUGAGUGUGGAAAGGGCUUUAAAAGUAAAAGAAGCCUCAACACUCACAUGAAGAUUCACAAUGGAGAGCAGAGUCCUCAACAUUGAGGCCUUGUCCACACAAACACGGGUAUAUUCAAAACGGCAGCUUUUUUACGUAGUUUGUCUGUUCAUUCAAGUGAAGUUUAUUUAUAAACUACUUUCGAGAGGAUCACAUGCUUAUGAUUAUCCACAGCUGGUCCUGCAUUAGCUAAAACAUGAUUCACCAAUCAGAUGAUUCCUGACUCACUAUAGAUAACCAGAACACAAAGCUGCGGUCACACUAGACGUUGAGAUUGUGAAAUUCUGUCGUACGGUGCUGUUAAAAGGGGCGGGAUCAAACAAGAUUUUUAGUAAUUAAAAAAGUGAACAAUUGCUCCAUGGUUUAAAUUUCUGUCCAGAAAGGUCAUGUUUUGAUCCUCGAUUGGUCUCACGCAGUCAAGUGAUGCGAUUUCGCAGGUCAGAGUUCACAAAGCUUGAACUUUGCACCUCAGCAACCUGCGAAACUUGACGCAUGACCCUGUUUCUAGUCUGACGCAUUCGCGUGCGUAUGAAUGGAAGUCUAAGGGAGGAAAAGCCCAGUGUGACCGUAGCUUAACUCAGUUAUCCUUGUCUUGCAGAAUCCCUCUCCCACCCUUACUCCCCCUCCUUUCUAGAUUGGGCAACACGGCAGCCAAUGAUUAGCCAGUGGUUAGCACUGUUGCCUCACAGUAAGAAUGUCUCAGGUUAAAGUCCCUGCUAACCAGUUGACUUUUUGUGCAGAGUUUGCUCAUUCUCCCUGUGCUCGCGUGGAUUUCCCCUGGUUUUCUCCCACAGUCCAAAAACACACAACCUAAGUAAACUGAACAUUAAAUUGGCACCAUAGUCGAGC